UCAGUGGAAACGGAAAUGUAAAGUGACCAAGAACAAUUACCACGUUAGCGUUUUCAUUGUUGUUAUUUCGACGUUUAUUAAAACCAUGGAACUCAAACUAUGACUCAUUUAACUGCACAGCAUUACAUACUUAGGUAGUGUUUAAUUCGCGUUGAGGACUUGGUUGAUAGAUGUUAUAGAGGUAACGUUAGCUACCUAGCUGCUAACAAUGGCUGACUGUAUGGUUUUUCACACUGAAAUAGCCUCCAUUAUGGAGGUUCUAGCGAAUGCAGCCGUGGCUGACAUCUGUAAACUCGUAGACGACGACUAUGCAGUGUUUCGUUUGGAAAUUUCUCAAAGCCAAAAAGAAAACCGGGCAUUGCGAAGGAAACUACAGCUACUCGAACUGAAGAUGGCACGGGAGCGCGUCCUCGCCAGUCGUCCCAGUAGUGUAAAGAUCCUCGACCGAUACAGAGGAAUGGCAAGAGGACAGCUCCCUGGAGGCCACAGGAGUUUUGUGAAGCCAGCAGGACACAAUACAUGGAUAGAUGACCAACCAGAUACUGUUGAUGAGGGGAGUGGAACCUCAACCCAGCACAUUAUUGUGAUAGAGUCUGCAGAUGCAGAGGAUGCAGGUCCUGGGGUCAAGCAGCACAGGUCUGAAGGAGAGGACCCAAUGCAAAGUGGAGACAUCCAGACUGGAGUGGCUGGUGUGCCCUAUGAAGCCAUGGAGGACCCCACCACCUCUGCGCCCCAGCCCAGGACCCAACGCAGCAUCACGGAGGUCAGUGGAAGGCCCGACGCCGUCCUCAAAUCAGAGACAGACACCAAGCCUUUAACUGUAACACAAAGACUCUUACACAGAGGAUCUGACCACAUAUCAGACACAGAGAGACUGGGGCCACUGGGCUGUCCUCCUGCUUCAGGCUCAGAGUAUUUACCGGUAUUUCACCAGAGCCAGAGGAUGGUUCAUUCCUGUGGGGAUGGCUAUGGUCACACAUUAGACACUGGCGGUGAUGAUCCAUCUUGUUCUUACACUACAGAGAUGGACCCUGGCAACAUGCCUUUGGGUUUAGAGACACAGACUGAUCUGUCUAGAGGGGACUGGAACCAGUACAGUAGUAGUCUAGACUCGGAAGGCUGCCUAGAUAAGAAAGGGGAGGUUAUAGUCGUAGAUGAGGUGACUGUGAAAAUGGAGGGCGACGCUCCUCUGACAUGGAAUGCAAACAAGACUCACUUAGGAGAAGGACACUCUCAGGACAACACCAGGGACUUUUUAGAGACAAAAAUAAAUGUUGCGACCCACUCCCCUUUGCACGCGUUCAGGGAUUGCGACUCAGUGUCCACAUCAAUGGCACCUUCCAAUUCACAUGGCCGCAUCCUUUUUGAUCAGGUAUUGAACUCAAACCACAGGGCUAUAGCCCAGGCUCAGGGAGGGGGAGCCACAUCAGGCAAUAGUAAAGAGAAACGGUUCUUCUGCAUGUUCUGUAACAAAGGCUUCAGCUGCCCCCAGAAGGUGGAGAUCCACCAGAGGGUCCACACAGGGGGGAAGUCCUUCAGCUGUACCCAGUGUCAAAUGCGCUUUGCCCAAGCUCGUGGCCUGAAGAGGCACCAGAGGGUCCACACAGGGGUGAAACCCUACAGCUGCCCCCAGUGUGAGAAGAGGUUCUCCCGCCAGGACCAUCUGAAGAUGCACCUGAAGGUCCACACAGGAGAAAAGCCGUUCGCCUGUACGCACUGCGGGAAGAGGUUCUCAGAGAGGAGAUACCUCAAUAUACACCAGCAGAAAAAUCAUUCCACUGGAUAGCUUAGAUCAAACCCUGCAUUAAAGACGAAGAUUACUUUUUAUUGUUGUCAGUACAAACGAUCUACAGAUGCAUUUGGAAUAACUAGAGUUAAGCCCAGUUCAGAUGCAACAGCCAACAUGAGACAAGAUAAAACUAGCUAGUUUUAGAAUGUUAUGUUGUACAACAGCUGACUAAAGAGGAGGCAUUCAGAUCAAGAAGACGAGAUGUGCAGUUGAGACCGUUUCCACGGUAAUGGAAUAUAAGCCUGAAAAUACAGUUACAUAUUGUGUUUGUACUGUGUAAGCUAUAUGAUGUUCACAAGUGCCUAUUUUCAUCACUUCCAUUCAACUACUUAAUUAUUUUCUUAGACACUUUUAAUAAGAAAAUUAAUGCAGUUGAUCAAGUUCAUGCAGAUUUUUUGUAUGUAUGGUUUUCAUAUGGUGUAUUUAAAGAUGCAAAAUGCAGAAAUCACUCUUCCAUUUCCUGGUUGCUAAAAUUCUAAUAGUUUGUGACAAAGCAAGUAGACAUUGUGUAGAGAAUCAUUGUACCAUCUAAACCGCUGUGAAAUAUGUUUUCCAUAACCAAAAAUGUUGUAUUUUCAGCUUUUUAAAGCUGGUGUAAAAGAUGCGAAGAUGAAACUUAAAAAGGGGAAGCAUAGAAAAAGUUCAUACAGAACAUAUCUACUACUUUUUAGACUUCUAGACAGACCUAUAACUCACAUUUCUAUGUGAAUUUUGUCAGGUUGCCCAAAAAGUUACAUAUUGCAGCUUUCAAACUUGUUUAUGUUUAAUAAAAACAGAAUAAAAAGUCCCAUUUUAAGACUUUCAUUGAGACUUUCUUUAGUACACAUCACAUCCGAUCUCACCCUAUUCUGCAUACACACAACAGUGCUUUAUAACCAUUCUAGACUUACUAAAUAUACCUCAAAAACCCACACACGAACAAACACCUACUGUACAUGUCAAAACACACUGAACAAAAAUAUAAACUCUACAUGUAAAGUGUUGGUCCUAUGUUUCAUGAGCUGAAAAAAAAAAUCCCAGACAUUUUCUAUAUGCACAAAUCUGUUUACACCCAUAUUAGUGAGCAUUU